CAUGAUUUUUUAAAAUUCAUGGUUUUGAAACCUAGUCUUCGUGCAUUAAUUAAAUCGUACUUGGCUUAACUGCUUUCAAGCAAGUUGUCCAUAAAGGAUGAAGUGCAAUCGACGAUUUCUUGUUCUCUUAAUUUCUUCGGCUCUUGCUGUCUGUAUUUCUGCAGAGGAAGCUGUUCCUAGCGCGGAAGUUCGACCAGAAUUUAAGCCCACAACAAUUAAAGCACCAUUUUUAGAACAAUUCACAGAUGAUUGGACUAAACGGUGGUCACCAAGUGAAGCCACUAAGGAAACAAAGGAUGGAGGCGAAACUUUUAGUUAUGUUGGAAAGUGGAAAGUUGAAGAACCAACUGUUUUCCCGGGAAUUUUAGGGGACAAGGGAUUGAUUGUAGAUUCAAAAGCGGCUCAUCAUGCAAUAUCCGCUUCUCUUAAUAAUUCUUUGGAUAACACCAACAAUACCCUAGUAGUCCAAUAUGAAGUUAAACUUCAAAAUGGACUUGAAUGUGGCGGUGCAUAUAUGAAAUUAUUAACAGAAUCUGAGAAAGGAAUCCAUGCUGAAGAAUUUUCUGAUAAAACACCAUAUACAAUUAUGUUUGGACCUGAUAAAUGCGGUGCCACCAAUAAGGUACACUUUAUCUUCAGACACAAAAAUCCAAAGACUGGCGAAUAUGAAGAGAAGCAUAUGAAUAGUGCUCCUUCAGCGAAAAUAUCAAAACUUAGUACUCUCUACACACUUAUCGUAAGACCUGAUAAUUCAUUUGAAAUCCGAAUCAAUAAUGAAUCAACCAAGACUGGUGAUCUUCUUAAAGAUUUUUCACCAGCGAUCAAUCCUCCAAAGGAAAUUGAUGAUCCUAAAGACAAAAAACCAGAUGAUUGGGUCGAUAAUCCAAAGAUUCCCGAUCCCAAUGCGAAGAAACCUGAUGAUUGGGAUGAGGAUGCACCUUCCGAGAUUCUAGAUCAAGAUGCUAAAAAGCCUGAAGGCUGGCUUGAUGAUGAACCAACUACUAUUCCGGAUCCUGAGGCUAAGAAACCUGAGGAUUGGGACGAUGAAGAAGAUGGAGAUUGGAUUCCUCCAUCAAUUCCUAAUCCAAAAUGUGAAGAAGCUCCUGGAUGUGGUGAAUGGAAUCGUCCAAUGAAGAGCAAUCCAAACUAUAAAGGUAAAUGGUAUCCUCCAGAAAUUGAAAACCCGGCUUACAAAGGUCCAUGGGCUCCUCGUAAAAUUUCAAACCCUGAUUAUUUUGAAGAUUUGCAUCCUUCUAACUUUGAAAAAAUCGCUGCCAUUGGUUUUGAACUCUGGACUAUGCAAAACAACAUUCUUUUUGAUAAUAUUUAUAUCGGUCAUUCUGAGGAAGACGCAAAGAAAUUUGCCGAAGAAACAUGGGUUAUUAAAUAUAAAAUUGAAAAAGACGCAGAAGAUCUGGAUUCUAAGCCUGAAACUGCAGAGCAACCUCCAUCUAUCUGGGAUAAUCCUGUUGAAUACUUACGAUCAGAAACUGACGAAUUUAUUAAAAUAGCAUUUGAAGAUCCUCUGGACGCCGUUAAACAAAAACCAGAGAUAGCAGGACUUUUCGGUGGAGCGGCUGUUAUUCUCUUCACACUCCUCACAGUUCUAUUUAAUUUAAUAACUUCAGCUAAAAGACCAUCUGCUCCUCACAAAAAAACCGACGAACCAACUCCCGAUGACAAAGAUGCAGACAAAGCAGAUUCACAGGAUGAUGGUGGUGAUGGUGAUAAUGAGGGAGAAAUUAAUGCAGGAGAAAAAAAGAUUAAUAAAAGAUCAGGAAAGAAACCACCAAAAGACAAUUAAUAAUAUGAUAUUUUACUAUCUUAUGAUAAUUUUUAUUUUAUUUUUUUUAUUCAAAAGUAUUUAAGAGAAGUAUUAUAUAGUAGUAGUUUCAUUUCAUAUUAAUUUUUACUUUAACACUAAAACAUUUGGUCACAUAGUUAAUGAUCGUGUACUUCCAAAUAUAUAUAUAUAUAUUAUUUGAAGUACAUAUAAUUUUAUAUAUUAGAAAUUAAUAAAAUGACUCCAUAUGUUAAAUGCAUUAUUGGAGCUGUA